CCCACGUCCCCUGCCUGGGGGGUGACCCCCCGGCCGCCCCCCGCCGCCCCGGCGCCGGUCCAUGGGGGCAGAUGGGAUGUAUGAGAAGAUCAAGAUGCUGAACAUUCAGAGCACGGGCUGGGGCGGGCGGCAGGACUGGUACCCGGACGGGCUGGUCCCCGGGCAGCCCAACCCAGACACCUGCCAGCAGCUGGAGCCCGAGCCCCUUCCCGGGCCCGGGGCCGAGGACCCAGACGACUCGCAGCUCCGGCUGCAGCUGAAACGCAAACUGCAAAGGAACCGAACGUCCUUCAGCCAGGAGCAGAUCGAGGCCCUGGAGAAAGAGUUUGAACGCACUCACUACCCCGACGUCUUUGCCCGCGAGCGCCUGGCUGCCAAGAUUGACCUGCCCGAGGCCCGGAUCCAGGUCUGGUUCUCCAACCGACGGGCCAAGUGGCGGCGUGAGGAGAAGCUACGGAACCAGCGACGCCAGGCGGGCGGGUCCGGGCACCUGGGCAUGGGCAGCGGGGCCUUCCCUGGCAGCGGGGCCUUCCCGGCCGCACCCCCCACCGGCUCAGGUGCCAUGCUGGGGCGCAGUGACGGCCCCCUCCCCAACAGCUACGGAGCCCUCCCACCCCUGCCCAGCUUCUCCAUGGCCAACAGCCUCCCUAUGCAGGCUGUCCAGCCGGUCGCCAGCCAGGGCACCUCGUCCUUCUCCUGCAUGAUCCCGGGCGGCUCCGCGGGGCGCGGCUACGACCCCUACGGCCCGGCCCAGCUCCCGGCCCACAUGGGCAGCCCCAGCCUGGGCACCGGCUCCAGCACCUCCACCGGUCUCAUCUCCCCCGGCGUGUCGGUCCCUGUGCAGGUCCCUGGCGGGGACCCGGAGCUCCCUCAAUAUUGGCCCCGUCUGUAAUGAUGGGAGAAAACAGAUCCUUCCCGGGGGGAGCAGGGCGGGGGCCGUGCCCGCCCCCUUAGGGGGGCAGAACCCAUGGCUGGGGUUGGGGGUGGUGUGGGGAUUCCCCCAGCUGCCCAGGGUAAGCCCUAGCCAGGAAGGGGGAGCCUUCUGCCCCCCCCAGUCUGGGGGAGCCCCCUGCCCCCCCAAUCCCCAGUCACCCCCUCCCAUUCCUGCAUGUCGGAGUUUGUCUAUUAGAGACGCUGUGACCCACUGUGGCGUGUGUUGGGGGGGUACAACCCCCCCCAUUACCGAGCCCUUCCCCAUGUCCGCCUCCCCUCCCCCUGGGGGGAUUUGGGGCACCCCCCUGUCUAGUGUUCCCCUCCCCUCACCCCCAGAGAGGGGGGGCAGUAAAGUACCAGGGGGAGCUGGCAAAGGAUGCUGGGAGAAGCGCUCAGGCCUCGCAAAGGAUGCUGGGAGACACGUCAACUCGGCCAGGCUGGCAAAGGAUUCUGGGAAAUGUGCCAGCUCCUUGUCCUCCUGGGGCAUGAUGGGAUAGUGGGCGACCCCCCCCCACAGACCCAUCACGAGGGGAGAGGGGGCUGUCUGCCCCCCCAGCCCCGCUCACCCCCAGAACUUUCCCUGCAGGGAUGGACCCAUCUGGGGCU